AUGCCAAGAACCAUCAAUAGUUCUUUUUAUCUGAAGGCCUUGAGUAAAUCUUUAUCUUUUGAGAUUAGUGAUGGUUACAUCAACUUGAAAUUGAAUAAAUUAUAUAAAGUGCAACCAAAAAUUGAUAGUCAUUUCAAUCUAAGCAACUAUUGA